GAAAUUUCAAUGGGAACCCUAACGAUGACAACUUGAAACCAGAUAACACGCCAGCUGCUAACACCAAUGAGCUAGGAGACAGCUGGCAGGUUGCUGACUCAGAUCCCGACUGUACUGAUGGUACAGAAGAAGAAGAUUGUGAUGUAAAGGUGGAGGAAGAGGCCACGAAGCCUACCAGCUGUGGCAUGAUCACUGAUCCCAACGGAAUCUUUAAGCCCUGCCACUCUGUUGUAUCCCCUGAGCCAUACUUUGAGAGUUGUGUAUUCGACAUGUGUGCCACUGGAGGUGAGACCGUGGCUCUGUGCCAGGCCAUAGAGACCUACGCCGACAUGUGUGCUGCUGCAGGAGUCCCCAUCGAAUGGAGGACGAACACCUUCUGUCCUCUGAAGUGCCCCCCAGGCAGUCAUUACACCUCAUGCGGCCCUGCAUGUCCUCAGCCAAGCUGUCAGAACCCUGCAGGACACAGCGGCUCUUGCGAUCUUCCCUGUGUGGAGGGCUGCAUCUGUGACACUGGCCUCAUCCUCAGCGGAGACAAAUGUGUCCCAAUCAGCCAGUGUGGAUGCACUGAUGGUGAUGGGAAAUACAGGCCGGUUGGAGACACUUGGUUCACAAAGGCUGACUGCUCAGAGCAAUGCAAGUGUGCUGGAAACAACAACAUCAGCUGUGAGUCUUGGCAGUGCAGCCCUGCACAGGAGUGCAAAGUGGUGGAAGGAGUACUAGGCUGUCAUUCUACAGGUAAAGGAGUGUGUCAUGUAGCUGGAGAUCCGCACUACUACACUUUUGAUGGUGUGAUGCAUACGUUCAUGGGAACUUGCACAUAUACUCUGGUGGAGGUGUGCAACGCCACCCAAGUCACUCCCUUCAACAUAGUGGCUAAGAAUGAGGAACGUGGUCAACCAGAGGCAUCAUAUGUUCGCUCUGUGAAAGUCACCCUGUACCCUGGCACUGUUAUUGAACUGCAAAAGGGCCGCAGAGUUCUGGUGAAUGGACAGCGGGUGAAAACCCCAGUUUCCGUUGACUUGGCUGGAGCUAAAGUGAUAACCAGUGGAGCCUAUAGUCUGCUGGACACAAACUUUGGUCUACAGGUGAAAUUUGACGGAGUCCAUCACGUUGAGAUCACUGUUCCAGGAGAAUAUUUUGAUAAGGUGUGUGGCAUGUGUGGAAACUACAACCAGAACCCCUCUGAUGACAACCUAAUGCCCAACAAGAAACCAGCCAAGGAUGACAUUGAACUGGGAAACAGCUGGAAAUCAAAUGGAGACAGUGAUCCUGGUUGUCAGCCAGACACCCGUCCAGACAUCCACCCAAAGUGUAGCAAAGAAGAAGAGAUGCUGUAUGAGGCUCAGUGUGGUGGGGUCAUUCUCUCCAAUAACUUCAAGCCGUGCCACGCUCUAGUGCCCCCUGAGGCUUUCCUGGCUAACUGCGUCUAUGACAUGUGCGAGUAUGACGGCAUGCAGACUACGCUCUGUGACAACGUGGAGGCAUAUGCUCAGGCCUGUCAGAGUGCCGGUGUCACCAUCAGCUGGAGAAACAGCAGCUUUUGCCCCCUGCCCUGUCCUCCUAACAGCCACUACUCAGACUGCACAGCCCCCUGCCCUCCCACGUGCUCUGACCUCUUCCCUGUCUUCUGCCAUCUGCCUCCAACUACUUGUCUCGAGGGCUGCCAGUGCAAUGCUGGUUACGUCCUCAGUGACAGCAAGUGUGUUACUCUGGACCAGUGUGGCUGUCUGGACUCAAACAGAGAGUACCAUGAUGUAGGAGAUUUGUGGCUAACAGAUAAAUGCUCUGAGUCGUGUACCUGUAACCCUGGUGGUGAAGUCAGAUGUGAGGACCACAGCUGUAAUUCGAAUUCACUGUGUGACCUGGACAAGAAUGGAAACCGCUACUGCAGACCCACCGAGUUCAAUCAGUGCAGCAUCUGUGGGGAUCCUCACUACCUAACAUUCGAUGGCUUCAAGCAUCACUUCCAAGGUUUCGACACCUAUGAACUUGCUCUGGGUCACAACCUGUCGAGCUCCCUGACGCCCCUGGUGGUGAGAGGAAAGAACGUUAGACGUGGAGUGAACAAGAGGGUGUCGUUCCUGGAGGAGAUGGACAUCAAUGUUUACGGUGUCAAUGUUAAAUUCCUGCAGAAGAACACUGUCCUGGUCAACGGGGAGUAUGUAACACCUCCUCUCACACCAGUUGAUGGUUUGACCAUCACAAGGAACUCCAGGCAGAUUCAGCUCACCACUGACUUUGGACUCACUGUACGCUUUGAUGGCAACAGUCGAGGAGAAAUCAUACUUCCUGGUACCUAUAAGAAUUCUGUUAGAGGACUGUGUGGGAACUAUGAUGGCAUCACCAGAAAUGAAUACAUGAAGCCAGAUGGGACAGUAGUCAGGGAUCUUAAAGAAUUUGGAGAGAGUUGGAAGGUCAAUGAUCGACCUGCCAACAGACUUAGGAUCUUGGACCGUCCGAUCCGUGCACUGAGACAAGAAGCAGAGACUGAUCCAGACUCAGGGUUCGAGGUGUCAGACUGCUCUCAGUCACAGCUCAGCGACUACAACAGCCCGACGAAGUGUGGGGCGCUGUCUGAUUCCAGUGGGCCAUUUGCUGCCUGCCACGCCACCGUGUCACCCCAAAUCUACCAGGAUGACUGUCUGUUUGACCUGUGUGCUGAGGGAGGCAGUGAAGCUAUGCGCUGUGCCAGUUAUGAAGCAUAUGCAGCAGCUUGUCAACUGGCUGGAGUUACAUUAGGAUUGUGGAGGCAGCAGCUGGAGUGCGUCCUCUCUUGCACCGCCAACAGCACUUACUCCCCCUGCAUGUCAUCUUGCCCCGCCUCCUGCGCCAACCUGGCAGCACCCUCGGAGUGUGAAGUCACUUCGUGUGUGGAGGGCUGCCAGUGUGCCGCCGGCUUUGUUAUGAGUGAGGGGACUUGUGUGCCAUAUGCACAGUGUGGCUGCACCUUCCUAAACAGAUACUACCCUCUCAGAGAGAAGUUUGUGACCGAGGACUGCUCUCGGUCUUGUGAGUGUAGCAGUACCGGUGCUGUGUGUGAGCCGAAGACCUGCCAGGACGCUUACGUGUGCACCAUCUACAACUUCAAACGUGACUGCUACAAAGCAAGUCCCUGCCUCAGUUACCCCUGUUUGAACAAAGGCACAUGUCAGGACUCAGGCAACAACACGUACACCUGUCUGUGUGCAGAAGGCUUUGAAGGCACAAACUGUGAGAUGGAAGUGAUGCCACCCACCGGUGGAGGACUUGAAACUAAGUGGAUUAUCCUGAUUGCGGUUCUGGUCCCAGUUGCUGUCAUUAUCAUCACCGUGACUACCAUUGUUCUUGUUUGCAAAAAGAAAACCAUGAAAAAGAAGAAGAAGGAGACAAAUGUCAGCAUGGAAUCAACAAGUGUUCCAUACACAAACAUUGAUAACCAGAAAAAGGAGAAAGUCACUGCUUUUUGAUGACAAACUUCAAUGAAACUAUUUUUUCUCUAUGUAACCACUUGUUAUGUCAAAGAAGAGUAAAAAUGAAGAUAAGACUUGCUUAUUUGUUUAUUUGUUGCUUUUUUAAGUUAUGCUUGAACAUGUCAUUUGAAGUGAAUGUUUAAUUAAAUAAAUAGUUAUAUGUGUAUGUGCUUCUUGUAGUGUCUGCCCACAGUUUUUCAGAGUAAUAAGUUCCACCCUGUCUUUACUUCAGAGCGUGCCCAUUACUGACCUGCUGUCUAAUAACCAGACAGUAGAUGUAGAGAGAGACAGCAAAGCGAAACACCACUGUCCCCUCUGCACCAAA